AUGAAUGAAGAUGAAAGAGAUAAUAGUAUAGAUGAUGUUGGUGUUGGUGAUGGUAAUAAUAGUACUGAGUCAUUGGAGGAUGCAGAUCCAUUAGAAUUAAGACAAUUAUCCCUAAGUUAUGAUUAUUUAAUGUAUAAAAUUAAAGAUCAUAUUCAACAAUUAACUGAUCAAACUUAUGAAUCAAUUAAGCAAAAACAACAAAUUAUAUUUACUGACUAUUUCGAAAAUCAAUUGAAAUUAUCUAAUAAUUAUAAAGAGAUAGAUGAUAUGUUGAAAAUUUGUAAUCAAUUAGAAUCUGAAUUUUUAAAAUUAGAUCAAUUGGAAUUAUUCAUAAAUGAUUUUAAAUUGAGAAUUGAUAAUUUAGAAAAAGAAUUUGAAAGAUUAUAA